UUUCAUUGGGAAUCAGUUUGUGUUAAACGUUAUCUAUAGUAAUGAUAGUAACAAAUCAAUUGAUGAAAUGUUUGUUUGCUUUUGAAGCACAUGUUGUCCGACACUUAUCUGAAAGUGUUUGCUAUCACUUAUUUGAUCACUUGAUUGUCAUCAUUAAAGAUGAAGUUUUCUAUACGAAAACAAUGUUUUGGUCGAUCAAGACUUGGAUUACUAUCAUUUGAGUGUAUGUCCAGUGAGAACAACACUAAAACUAAUACUUCUUAUUCGACACCCAUUUGUCUUCAAUACACAAUCAAUGGAUCGGUUCCGCACAUUGUUCACGACCUCUUAGAUGAUCUCAAUGAUGAUAACAGUCCAAUGCUUAUACCACUUCCCACUACUCUUCUAAUGAAUGAAUCUUUACGACAAUUUAAUAAAACAUUUGAUGGACUAAAAUCAGGAAUUCGUGAUUAUGUGGGACUCAAGAGGUGGCGACCAACUAUUGUAUCAAUUCAGGAUCCAUUGCUUGAAAUAAAAAGUGGUCACAACGCCACCGAUGGAAUUGCUGUCUUCUGUCGCGGUGGUAAGCAAGCAGUUAACUCGUCGAGACUUAUAGAUAUAAUGACAAACUUCAAGCCCGACGCCUAUCAGUCCAUCUGCGACAGUGACACUCCUUCUAAUGCCAGCAAUAAAAGGAUUUAUAAUUCAGUCGAUAGGAGUUUGUAUUUAAUGGAUGAGUGUAUUGAUAAACAUAAUGAUUGUCCCGAUUUGAAGGACAAAAAUAUCAGUAUUUUGGGCACAAUUCAAGGCGGGCUUCAUAUUAGAUCCCGACUGAAAUCAGCUAAAGAAUCGGCAGAUAAAGCGGUCGAUGGCUUUGUUAUCGACGGCUUUCAUUUAUAUGGUAAUCAAAGUCACUCGCAAUUAGACCUGAAUUCAGUGAAACCCAUUUUAGCAGAAAUAUUUGAAAUAUUACCGAAAGACAAACCAAUGAUAAUGUUUGGUGUGUUAACUCCCUUUCAAAUUAUUCAACUCAUUGAUAGUGGAAUCGAUGUCUUUGAUUCUUCUUAUGCUACCGUUAUGACAGAAGAUGGCAUCGCAUUACAAGAAAUAAUUGAUAACAAUAUACUAAAAGUUACAAAUCUAUCGAUUGAUUUGAAAAGUAAACAGUUUAAGGAAGACUUCAAUCCAAUAGAUGACAACUGCCGGUGCUAUACCUGUGUGAAUGGCUUUUCCAGAGCUUAUAUAAACCAUUUAUUAAAUGCAUCGGAAAUGUUGGCCAAAGUUUUGCUUAAUUUUCAUAAUUUGGAAACUUUUUACAAUUUCUUUCGGCAAAUAAAAGAUCUGUUAGAAAGAGACAAAUUUCAACAAUUGUUACAAAACUUAUGAUAAUUACUGUAUAUAUUAAUAUUACGGUAAUAUUGGCAAUAUAUCCUAAAAUUUCAU